AUGCGCUGGCGGAGGAAAUCAUAUCCUCUCCAGCAGCAGAAUGGAAGGCUCCAAUCGAGACUAAAGAACAGCCUUAACCAAACCAAAUGUCAUAGGAAGCUGUCCCUUAAGUAUGGAAGCUUCUUCUCAUUUAAGGCCCGAUCUCUGGUCCACCGUCUCUGUUGCCUUAAUAUACCCGAUGUAACAAUUGGGAAGGUCAUCAAAGAAUGUGCUGGGUUCUUUGGAAUCACUCUGAACAAUGUUCCGAGUGCACGGACAUGCAGUCGGAUCAUGAUAGAAGCUGGGAUAGCAGCUGAAGCUCAGAUUGUGGAGGUUGCGCGGAACGCAAAGGGUAUUGCCUAUAGCGGUGAUUCUACACAACACAAGCAUAUUGAUUACCAUGGGUCUCAUUUCACAAUGGACACUGCUGAUCUGCCACACAAUUCCACCCCAUCCCCGGAACCAGCAAAUCACAAAACCUUUUUCCUUGGAAUUGAGUCGCUACCUUCGCACACAAGUACACAACAGUUGUCAAACUUCCAAAAGAAACUAGGGAGAUUCUGUUCUUCCCAUACAAGUCUUCCAAGUCUGAGGUUGGCGGAAGAGGUCAAACCUGAUGAUAUUCUACGUGCAAUAAAUGGGAUGGUCAGUGAUCACGCAAGUGAUCAGAAGCGGUUUGCUGAACUUCUUCGUAAUCUCAAACUCUCGGCCUGGUAUAGAGAGCUCGGCCGAGAAUACUGGGAUUGGAUGGGUGCUCAAGCAAAUUGUAUUGCUGCGGCAAUCGCCCAAAAUGAGCAGGAGCAUAGCAUAAUGCAGGUUGGGGGAUAUGGAGUGUGGAGCUCACUAUCAGAGGCAGUGCAGGCUGAGGUCUUGGAUAGGACACGGCUUGACACAUUGGAGCAUUUGGGGAAAGUGCGGUAUCACUUCUUGUCGGAAGAAGAGAAGUGCGCUAUGUUGCAGCUGAUCUGGAUUGGGUGUGGGAUGCACAAGGACCUGAAUACUGUCAAGGGGGGCCAUGAGUGCAUGCAUGCAAUGUGGGUUAAGGAAGGACAAGUGGCCCCGAUAAAGUUUUACAACAAGUCAAACAAAAACAUUGUCCAGAACAGUCCGGAUGGUGUUCCUCUGGCCAUAAGCGAGCAAGCAGAAAGUGACAGUGCGGGAGGCGCAGUCAAAUUCCUCCAACUAGCAGGGGCAAUAUUCCGAAAUAAGAACGACAAAAAAGGUCAACAGGAUGCCUAUAACUGGUUCAUGGAAGAAGAGUGCGGUCAGAUCCAACAAUUCCCAAACAUAUCUGCAGUGCGAUAUGGUACCUUUGGGACUGGAGCUGCACAUAUUAUUGCCGACCUCGACUCAUAUCGGAAAUUCAUGAUCAAUGUUUCUUAUUCCAAGGAGAAACCUGGAUUGACAAACAUUGAGAGGAAUGUUUCAGAUGGGCUUGAGGACAUCCCAACACUUACUGAGCUCUGUGUCCACGCUUUGUAUAGCGAAUUCGUCUCCCAACCUUUGGUACAGGAACUCCGUGCCUAUGGCAUUGACCGGGUCAACGGUGUUUCACUUGGGCCAUUACACAAUGCCGUUCUAACUCACCUAUCUAAAAUCCAAGACAAUCCCUCCCUUUGGCUCACUCCAGGCAGCUCAUUUGCUGAUGCGGCACUAAAAGGCACCAGAAUCAGUAAUACCCGGGCAAUUGAAGCAGUGCACAAACUUACACCCGGCCUCCCACACAUAACUGAUGCUCUUAUUGCAUUCCUCGAAGGCGCCUCCGAAACGUACACUCGGUUCUCAAUGGAAUUUGCCAAAGGAGGGGAAAUCGAUUCACUCACACCAGAAGAGAUCGAAAGGAUCUUCAUUCCUAGCACAAAUGAUGCAAACGAAGGCGCACUUGGCCAGCUUCGGUGCAUGAAGCGGCUGAGUACACGCAUGACACAGAUGAAGUUAAAUGCCAUUCAGAUGGCAAAGCGGAAUGGUGUAGAUGGCUUCAUAGUUGGUAGUCUAUCGGACGAGGACCAAAAGGCCCUACUAGGACUUGCAAGGCAGCGAGAUAUGUCGGGUCAAGAGCGGGAGCGGAAGCGCGAAAUCUGGGAAGCAAAUGCAAAGAAAGUGGCAGAUAGUCAGCAGAAGGCCGAAAUUGCAAAAAAAAAAGGCAAGGACAAGGCAGGAGAACCUCAAGAGGCUGUCAGAGGACGUCAUCUAUGA